CAACAAACGAAAAAAAAAAAAAAAAACAAUAAAAACAGAUUUUGUUCCCACCGUCGAUUUUUCCGAAGUAAAAUAAAAAAAGGAAAAUAGGGAUAGUAUUCUAUAGCCCUAUAAAAGGUCGAUAAAGUAGAUUGUACAUCACCAUGCAAAAAAAUAAUAUGGCACUCUCAAAUUCAGAGGAAACAAACAAUGGCGUUCAUUACACCCAAUUACCGGAGUCCGACAACAACUCCGGUAGUCCUCCGACAAGAUACCGGCAACCAAAAAGAAUGACGUUUAUGAUAUUAACAGGUCUAGUUGCAUUUUUAUUAUUUUUCGUGGCAGUGAGAUAUGGGAAUUACGAAGAAACAGAUAAUGUUAAUCCGGGACCGGUGCCACCACAAGAAACGGUGUGUAAUAUGCUUGGUUCGAAUCUAAUGCCGUUGACCACCAUGACUAUGUUGGCCCGUGGGGUGGCGCAAGGUGUCUCUGCCAAGUCACGUGGCCAUUUUUUGGGUGCACGGCCAUUCCCGUGGACCAAAAAAAUGUUGGCUUGGCAAAGAACGUCCUUCCACUUUCAACCUAAGAAGAAUUGGAUGAAUGAUCCUAAUGGUCCAUUAUUCUACAAAGGAUGGUACCAUUUGUUCUAUCAAUACAAUCCAGAGGCAGCAGUAUGGGGAAACAUUGUAUGGGGACAUGCAGUCUCAAGAGACCUAAUCCACUGGCAGCAUCUGCCAGUGGCCAUGGUAGCGGAUCAAUGGUACGAUAUUAACGGUGUCUGGACUGGAUCCGCUACCAUUCUACCUGAUGGUAACCUCGUCAUGUUAUACACCGGGUCCACCAACGAAUCUGUCCAGGUCCAAAAUCUCGCGUACCCGGCUGACCCAUCGGAUCCUUUGUUAAGAAAAUGGGUCAAGUAUGAGGGCAACCCGGUCCUGGUCCCACCACCUGGGAUAGCCAAAAAGGAUUUCCGUGACCCCACCACCGCGUGGACCACACCCGAAGGCAAAUGGCGAAUUACUAUUGGUUCAAAGGUUAAUAAAACUGGAAUCUCAUUGGUCUAUGACACAAUUGAUUUUAAGAAUUUUGAGUUGUUGGAAGGUGUGUUACAUGGUGUACCGGGUACGGGUAUGUGGGAAUGUGUGGACUUUUACCCGGUUUCUAAAAUUGCUGAAAAUGGGCUUGACACUUCAGAAAAUGGGCCUGCAGUUAAACAUGUGUUGAAGUCCAGUCUUGAUGAUGAUAGAAAUGAUUAUUAUGCACUUGGAACUUAUGAUGCUGUGGCUGGAAAAUGGGUUCCUGAUAAUCCCAUAAUUGAUGUUGGAAUUGGAUUAAGAUAUGAUUAUGGAAAUUUUUACGCAUCAAAGUCAUUUUAUGACCAAGAGAAAAUGAGAAGAGUUCUUUGGGCUUGGAUCACUGAAAGUGAUAGUGAAGCUGCUGAUAUUUGCAAGGGUUGGGCCUCACUUCAGCCAAUUCCAAGGACUAUUAAGUUUGAUAAGAAGACAGGAAGCAACAUAAUUACAUGGCCAGUGGCUGAGGUUGAGAAUUUGAGAUUAAACAGCAAGGAAUUUGACAACGUUAAGGUUAAACCAGGCUCAGUUGUCCCACUAGAAGUUGGUUCUGCCACUCAGUUGGACAUAAUGGCUGAAUUUGAAGUAGACCCUAAGGUGUUGGAGAGAAUAGAUGGAAGUAAUGCUACAUAUGAUUGCAAAAGUGGUGGUGGAUCAACUGAACGUGGUGCUUUAGGACCAUUUGGUUUAAUGGUUCUAACAGAUAGUGGAUUAUCAGAGCAAACUCCAAUUUACUUCUACAUUGCAAAAGAUGCUACUGGCAAUUUCAACACACACUUCUGCAAUGAUAUCACCAGGUCAUCUGAAGCAACAGAUGUUCGCAAACUAAUCUAUGGCAGCACAAUUCCAGUUCUCCAAGGAGAGAAGCUUACUCUAAGAACACUGGUGGAUCAUUCAAUAGUAGAAAGUUUUGCACAAGGUGGAAGGGCAGCUAUCACAUCAAGGGUAUAUCCAACAAAGGCAAUAUAUGAAGAUGCUAAAGUCUACUUAUUUAACAAUGCUACAGAUAUUAGCGUUACUGCAACAGUCAAGAUUUGGCAAAUGGACUCUGCAAACAUACAAUCUAUUUAAACUUAAUAAAUCCCACCCAUAUUUACAAUGUACCUAGCUUUCAAUUCUUGAUUUUUCUUUUUGAUUUUUCCACCAUGUAUUGUUGCAUGGUAUUCUUUUAUUUUUUAUUUUUCAUUUUAUUAGAAUUUCAUCGUUCCCAAUUUUCCUUUUUCUUCUCUAGUCUGAGUAUGUACUUCCAGAUAUCUUCGUUGUUGAAAUUGAAAUAAUGAAGAAAUCAGCGAAGUCUGCGUUUUUUUA